AUGGGGGUUGGUGAGCGUUUCUAUACUGUUGUGACAUAUUAUUUGAUUUUGUCUUCUCGCAAAAAAUAUCAAUAAGGCUUAUACACAAAGCCUCUUCUCUGCUGCACACACCUAAUGAAUUCUUUUUUUUUUCUUAGCACUGCUGCAGCUGCAAUAGGCUUCUUCACGUUUCUUAGAAAAUUCAGAUUCCACCAAGAUAACAGAGAAAACGAUUCUGUUUCUUUAUCUCCUUCAUCACUAGUUCCUCCAUCUACUUCAUCUCACAGUUGGACACACCAAGUUUUUCCAAGCUUCCGCGGAGAAGAUGUCCGCAGAGACUUUCUCAGUCAUCUUCACAAGGAGUUUCAAAAGAAAGGAAUCACUCUUUUUAGUGAUAAUGAGAUCAAGAGAGGAGAAUCCAUCAGUCCUGAACUUGUACAAGCGAUCAGAAGUUCUAAGAUUGCAAUCAUCUUACUCUCUAGGAACUACGCUUCUUCGUCUUGGUGUCUUGAUGAACAGUCUGAGAUUAUCAAGUGCAGAGAAGAGUUUGGUCAAACUGUGAUGGUGGUUUUCAAUAAAGUGGAUCCAUCUGAUGUAAAGAAGCUUACUGGUGAUUUUGGGAGUGCCUUUAGAAAAACAUGUGCAGGUAAAACAAAGGAGGACACUAGGAGAUGGACACAAUCUCUAGCAAAAGUGGCAAAACUUGCCGGUUACGUUUCAAACAACUGGGAUAAUGAGGCGGUCAUGAUUGAAAAAAUCGCAAGUGAUGUUUCCAACUUAUUGAAUAAUUCUACACCAUCUAGAGAUUUCGACAACUUAGUUGGUAUGGUAGCUCAUAUGGAAAUGAUGGAACCAUUGUUAUGUCUAGACUCCAAUGAAGUGAGGAUGAUAGGGAUAUGGGGUCCAUCAGGGAUUGGUAAGACCAUCAUUGCCAGAUUCUUAUUCAACAAGUUUUCCGACAGUUUUGAACUAAGCGCCUUUAUGGAGAACAUCAAAGAGCUAAUGUAUACAAGACAAGUGUGUUCUGAUGAGUACAGUGCAAAGCUACACUUACAGAACCAGUUUAUGUCCCAGAUUAUCAACCACAUGGAUAUUGAGGUUCCUCAUUUAGGAGUUGCGGAAAACAGGUUGAAUGACAAAAAAGUGCUUAUUGUUCUUGAUAACAUCGAUCAGUCAAUGCAACUAGAUGCUAUUGCAAAAGAAACUACGUGGUUCGGUCAUGGAAGUCGGAUUAUUAUCACAACACAAGACCAUAAACUAUUGAAGGCACAUGGCAUCAACCAUGUUUACAAGGUGGAUUUCCCAUCAAGACAAGAAGCUUGUCAAAUCUUUUGCAUGUCUGCUUUUGGUCAAAAGAUCCCCCAAGAUAAGUUCGAGGAACUUGCAUUAGAAGUCACAAAACUCUUAGGUAACUUACCAUUGGGACUAAGAGUUAUGGGAUCCCAUUUCCGAGGAAUGUCAAAGCAUGAGUGGAUCAAUGCAAUACCAAGGUUAAGGACUCACCUUGAUUCUAAUCUUCAAAGCAUUUUAAAGUUCAGCUACGAUGCCUUAGGUGGUGACGAUAAAGAUUUAUUCCUUCAUAUAGCAUGCAUUUUCAACAAUAAAAGAAUUGAGAACGUGGAAGAGUAUCUUGCGCAUAAGUUGUUGUAUACGAAGCAAAGGUUUCACGUAUUAGUUGAGAAAUCUCUCAUAUCUAUUGAAGAAGGAUGGAUAAAGAUGCAUAAUCUGCUCGAGCAGUUAGGUAGAGAAAUUGUUCGUCAUGAUGAGUUAGGAUUCAUUCGUGAACCUGGAAAACGUCAAUUUUUGGUUGAUGGUAGAGAUAUUUGUGAAGUGAUCACUGAUGGCACGGGUAGUAGAAGUGUUAUAGGCAUACGUUUCAACUCAUCUGAACUGUCAGGCGAAUUAAAUAUAGGUGAGAGAGCUUUUGAAGGAAUGCUAAACCUGAAAUUCUUAAGAAUCAAAUGCGACCAGAGUGAUAAAUUAUGCUUACCGCAAGGUUUGAACAAUUUAUCUCGAAAACUUAGACUACUAGAAUGGGAUCAUUUUCCAAUGACAUGUUUGCCUUCCAAUUUUUGCACGGAGUACCUUGUGGAGCUAAACUUGCAACACAACAAACUUGAGAAGAUGUGGGAAGGAAAUAUGCCGCUCCUAAACCUUAAGAGGAUGAAUUUGUUCCAUUCAAAGAACCUAAAGGAGCUACCUGAUUUUUCAACUGCCACUAACCUUCAAACACUGAUUCUUUGUGGAUGCUCAAGUUUGGUGGAGCUGCCAUACUCCAUUGGAAGUGCCAAUAAUCUCCGAAGAUUGCAUCUUUGUAGGUGCACCAGUUUAGUGGAGCUGCCCACCUCUAUCGAAAACCUUCAUAAAUUGCAAAAUGUGACUUUAAGAGGAUGCUCAAAGCUAGAGGUUCUUCCUACCAACAUCAACUUGAUACUCUCAACAAAACAUAAAUAUAAAGAAUCUGAACAAAUUAAACUUUUGUUAUUUCCUUCUUCUGUUGGAAAAGCUUUGUGAUAGAAAUGAUAGUCCUUCCUCCAUAGCUAAAAACAUACGUUGAUAUUUUAGUUGUAUAACAUUGAUUAUUAUAAAUUUGUAUUAAUGUUUGGCUGUA